CCAAGUCAAUAAAUACAAAAACAACUCCCCUCUUGCCUCGCUCUACUUCCUUCAACAAUGCCUCCAUGCAUCUCUCGCGCUUCCUCUCCCUCCUAGCCGUCCUCCUCCUCCCCGUCGCUAUCCUCUCCACAACAUGGCUCUACCUCUACCCCAUCUUCCACGGCUGCGCAUUCCCCGUCCCUCCCCCCUCGACCCACCUAACAGAAGCACCCUUCCGCCUCCUCGCCCUCGGUGACCCCCAACUCGAAGGCGACUCCUCCCUCCCUGACCCCUCGCGCCCUGCAUUCCCCUCCCUGCAAUACGUCCUCUUCGACCUCCAACACUCCGGGACCUGGUCGCGCCGGCGCACCAUCCUCUCCACCGCCCUGCGAAACCUCACAACGCGCGAUAUUCCCAGAUGGAUAGAAGGGUACAGGAAAAGGAUUGAUUUAUGGGGCAACGAUUACUACCUCGCGCAUAUUGUGCGGGCGACGCGGUGGUGGGCAAGGCCGUCGCAUGUGGCGGUUUUGGGGGAUCUGUUGGGGAGCCAGUGGAUUGGGGAUGGGGAGUUUGAGAGGAGGGCGGGAAGGUAUUGGGGGAAGGUGUUUAGGGGGAUGGAGAUGGUGCCGUGGGGGAUUAUGGAUGGGGUAGGAUCAGAUGGUCAGGGGGAGGAUGGGAGAGAGUGGGAGGGUGAGGGAGAAGGAGAAGGAGAAGGAGAAGGAAAAGGAAAAGGAGAAGGAAAAGGAAAAGGAGAAGGGGAAGGAGAUGUGGAUGGGGAUGGGGAUGAGGAAGGAGAAGGGGUUAGGAAAGGGAAUGAAGGGGUGUGGGGUGGGACGAGGGAGGUGCUGGGUGAGGAUCCUGCUUGGAGUAAGAGAGUUAUCAAUAUCGCCGGGAAUCACGACAUUGGGUACGCCGGGGACUUGAAUGAAAAAAGAGUGGAGCGAUUCGAGCGCGCUUUCGGAAGGGUGAACUGGGAUAUCACGUUCGAGUUACCUCUGGCCUCUACGAAGCAGCAGAACAAGAUCAGCCUCACCCAUUCAACCACGAACCACUCAAAGAACGAGUCCCAAGUCGAUGUCGACAGAGGAGAACAACAAGAUAACCCCGACCUCCCCCCACCAACCCUCCACCUCACCAUCCUCAACACCAUGAACCUCGACACCCCCGCCCUCUCUCCCCGCCUCCAAUCCCAAACCUACGCCUACAUCAACCACCUCAUCGCAAACUCCCUCCCCGUAACCUCAAAACGCCACACCACCAUCCUCCUCACGCACAUCCCCCUGCACAAACCCUCGGGGACCUGCAUCGACAGCCCCUUCUUCUCCUUCUUCCCGGGUGAAAACGGAGGCGGCGUCAAGGAGCAGAACAUGCUGUCCGAAUACGCGAGUACGAAGAUCGUGCUGGAGGGACUGUUCGGCCUGUGUGGGCAUUCCCUGGCUGAAGGGGCGGGCUUCGGGAGACAUGGCGUCGUGAUUAAUGGACAUGAUCAUGAGGGUUGCGAUGUCCUGCACUACAUCCCUCGCGAGGGCAGUCUGAGAACCGACGACGAGUUAUGCGCGCAGCUCAACGAUGCCUCUUCCACGCCCCAUGACCUCCCGUCCAACACCGACACCGACAUCCUCUCCUCAGACCUCAACACCACAACAACGGAGACUCUUCCCCCACCUCCACCCGAAACCCCAACAUGGCGCGCCCUCCCUUUCUCCUCCCCGCUGACCACCUGCAUCAACACAAACUCCACCCCGCACCUCCGAGAAAUCACCCUCCGCAGCAUGAUGGGCGAGUUCUCGGGCUACGCGGGCUUCCUAUCCGCGUGGUUCGACGAGUCCGCCGGCGAAGCUGGCGAGUGGAGAAUCGAGUUUGAUAGGUGUGCGUUGGGGGUGCAGCAUUGGUGGUGGGCUGUGCAUAUUUUGGAUGUGGGUUUGUUGGGUGUGGUGCUGCUUGCGGGUUUGGCGAGGGGGUUGGAGAGCUUGAAGACAUCCCAUGGACAAAAAGGGGAGGAGAGGGACGAGAAGAAAGAGAAGGAUGUAGAGGUUAUAAAGGAAGCAAAAGAGGUGAAAGAGAAGGAUGGGGAGAAGUGACGCGUUGAGCACGGUUUUCCUGUAUAGAGAGCUUGUUGUUUGGAUACAGAUGUACUUGUAGGAUACCUUGGGCGAGGCGCCAGGAGGGCCAUUUGAGCGUAGCAUCGUACGUUUGGUUUACAUAGAGAUCCUUGAUGAUAUUGCAUAGCAUAUAGAUCCGGUUACAUAAG